AUGGCUCCUAACACUGAAGUUGAGGCUGUCACCGACACCUCUUCAGUAGUGGUUGGCGACCCGGUGCUAGCCAAUGGCCCAACUCGCCCGGUCUUCACCCUGGAUGAUGUAUUGCCACACCGCGAAAAGUCCAAACCCCCUCCCUCGACGGUGGCAGCGUUUUCGAAUGCUACCAUGUUCAAAAGCGAAGGAUGCUUAAACAAGCCAAAGUCCCAGAGCUUCGAGCAUCGUCUGUCGUCGGAAAGCAAGUCAAGGAACCCGUCUUCAUUGAAGAAUGCCAUGAAAUACUUCCGUCCUGAGACGAUUAGUCUUUGUGGAGGAUUACCUUCCAGCGACUACUUCCCUUUCGAAGAGCUCAGCGCAACGCUUCCCGUACCGCCUCAAUUUUCCGAAGCGGAAGCUCUUGCCUCGGGGCGGACCUUUUCCAGUGGCAAGCAUGAUGUUCGAGAAGGCAAGUCAGUGUUCGACCUGUCUAUUGCUCUCAACUAUGGUCAAUCGAUGGGGCCUGGCGCACUACUUCGGUUUAUCACCGAGCACACCGAGAUUGUCCACAACCCACCCUAUUCCGACUGGGAGAUCUGCAUGACCGCUGGUAGCACGUCUGCACUCGAAAUCGCACUCCGAAUGUUGACCGAGCGCGGGCAUUAUGUCCUGACUGAAGAGUACACCUUCAGCUCAGCCAUUGAGACUGUAGCUCCAAUGGGAUGUAAAAUGCUCGGGGUCAAAAUAGACGCCGAUGGGAUGCUACCAGAUGACUUGGACCAUAUCCUUUCCACCUGGGAUGAAUCCGCACGACGGGCACCAAAACCCUUUCUGGUCUACACUGUGCCGACCGGGCAAAACCCCACGGCCAGCACACAGUCACUUGCGCGGAGGAAGCAGAUAUACGCAGUCGCUGAGAAGCACGACCUGUUUAUCCUCGAAGAUGAACCAUACUACUUCCUACAAAUGGAGCCUUUCAUCUCGGGCGCAACACACUCGGUGCCGGUGCCGUUUAAACCGGUCCCGGUCGCCGACUUCCUCGCCAACCUUGUUCCGUCAUACCUCUCGCUCGACAAGUCGGGCCGUGUCCUUCGACUUGACUCUUUUUCCAAGAUUGUUGCGCCCGGGAGCAGGUGUGGCUGGGUGACAGGACAGCCGCAGAUAAUUGAGCGCUUUAUCCGACACAGCGAAGUGAGUGUGCAAACCCCGGCCGGCUUUGCCACGACUGCGCUCUACAAUCUGUUGGAGCAGAAUUGGGGCCACAAGGGCUUCCUGGAAUGGCUCAUGUACAUCCGCGCCGAAUACACCCGAAGACGCGACAUCAUCGUCAACGCAUGCGAGGCUUAUCUCCCGACCGAAGUUGCCAGCUGGGUGCCGCCCAAGGCGGGAAUGUUCCAUUGGAUCCACGUCGACAUCACACAGCAUCCGUUGUACAAAUCGAAGUCUCGGGAUGGCAACAUUGACUAUGCAACCCUGCUGGAGAUUGAAGACUCCGUCUUCCUCGCGGGCGUGGAACAGAACGUAUUGAUUGCCAAAGGAUCCUGGUUUCGGGCGCAGAGAGGCAGCGACAAAGAGUUGUUCUUCAGAACCACGUUCGCCGCUGCACCGGCGGAUAAAAUCGUUGAGGCGAUUCGCAAGGUGGGCACAGCGAUCAGGAAGGAAUUUGGCUUGGAAGAAAAGCAGAACGGGCACGCGAGGUGA